AUGGAUGAGUGGAACUCAAUUGGUGAUUCUAAUUCAUUUUAUUCGGAAUUUUCUACCCAAAAUUUUGAAAACUCACCCUUCUCUGACUCGUCUUCUUCUUCAUCCCAAGACCCAGAUAAUCCUCUUUCUGAGCAAAAUAUCAUACAGUGGUUCAUGGAUGAUACUCUAUCGAACCUACUAAACCUACGACGAGAAGCUAUAGAAAAUGAGGCUGCAUCCUCUCAGCGUAGAAGAAGGCCAAGACAGGUCAUUGAGAGAAAUCGUGAAGAAGCAGAUCAACGAUUAUAUAAUGACUACUUCUCUAAUAGCCCAACGUACACCGACGAUUUAUUUUGGCAAAGGUUUCGAAUGCGAAGAAACUUAUUUCUUCGCAUAGUUGAAGGUGUUACAAAUUAUGACCAAUAUUUUCAAAGCACUAUAGAUUCUACCGGUAGAAGGAGCUUUUCGCCGCUACAGAAGUGUACUGCAGCAAUGCGUAUGUUAGCAUAUGGGAGUUCUGCAGAUGCUGUUGAUGAGUAUAUACGAAUGGGUGAGACGACUGCAAUUAUGUGUAUGAAGAGAUUUGUUCAAGCUAUCAAUGGUGUGUUUGGGGAAGAGUACCUGAGAAGGCCAACUGUUGUAGACGUACAAAGGCUAAUGCAAAUUGGAGAACAAAGGGGCUUCCCAGGUAUGCUAUGGAGUAUCGAUUGCAUGCACUGGGAAUGGAGAAAUUGUCCAACCGCCUGGCAUGGACAAUAUGUUAGAGGAGAUCACGGCUAUCCAACCAUUAUACUUGAAGUUGUUGCUUCUGCAGAUCUGUGGAUAUGGCAUGCUUUCUUUGGUCUCGCAGGUACAUUAAAUGAUAUCAAUGUGUUGGACCGAUCCCCAAUCUUCCACGAGGUCUUGGAAGGUAAAGCACCUCAGGUAAAUUACGUUGUUAAUGGUAACCAUUACAAUUUGGGCUAUUACUUGGCAGAUGGAAUAUAUCCAAGUUGGGCAACCUUUGUGAAGUCAAUCCCCUUACCUCAAAGUGCAAAACAUAAAUUAUUUGCAAAGAAACAAGAAGGUGCAAGAAAAGAUAUAGAAAGAGCCUUUGGGGUGCUCAAAGCACGAUUUGCUAUCAUUUCUAACCCGGCACGAAUGGGUUCCAAAGAAACACUUGGACAAAUUAUGAGAGCAUGUAUAAUCAUUCACAAUAUGAUUGUAGAGGAUGAGCGAGACUCAUAUGCUAUUGAUUUUAAUUAUACGAAUGAAAGUGUGAAUUGUAAUGUAUCUAUACCUGAAAAUAGUCCUGGCCACUUCAUUAGAAAUGAGGAUUAUAUUCGAAUUCAUGCAAGGAUUCGCAAUAGGCCAACAAACCAUCGACUACAAGAAGACUUGAUCGAGGAGAUAUAG